CGCGUCGCAUCAACCUCAGCAUCAUCAGCAAGCAAUCUUGAACGCAAUCCUCACCGAGACGCGCAACGAGAAUCUAUUUAAACCCUCGCGGAGUCACCCAAUUGCUUAGUUAUAAUUUUAAACUCGCUCGCGUUGGAUCGGGAACAUCGGGAGUAGGACACGAACCUCGUCGUUGUCAAUCUAGGUGACAGUGUGGAUGUAGUGAACAGUUAAAAUGCACUGACUUCUUUGACCAAGAAUAUUUUUAAGGGACAUCAUGAACUGCAACACAACAGGGAAUUUAAUAUUUUUAGUGAAAAUGUUUACUAGCAUCUGAUGUGUAGUGAGCGUAAGAUAAAAUAUUAGUGAAAAGUUCAAUGAGUGACAGUUAGUGAAACAAAACGCAACGUUAAGUCUGGAUUAACCGUCAUAUCAAUUGUCCCAGCAUCUACGGAAAAAUUUAACAAUUUGUAAGUCAUGCUCUUAGAUUAUGAUAUAUCGCUAUUGUUAACACUAGUGACAGCAUGUAUCACAGGCAUCGCCGGAGAGCAUUACCAAACCAGCCUCACCUUCAAUGACAUCCUUCCGGAAGACCCAAAGCUGUAUGACAAAAUGCGUCCGCCCAAGAAGGACGGCCAACCAACGACGGUGCUAUUCCACGUGACGGUCAUGGGUCUUGACUCAAUCGACGAAACCUCGAUGACGUACGCGGCCGACAUCUUCUUCGCGCAAACCUGGAAGGAUCACCGACUGCGGUUGCCAGAGAACAUGACCUCCGAGUACCGGCUGCUGGAGGUCGAGUGGCUCAAGAACAUGUGGCGGCCGGAUUCGUUCUUCAAGAACGCCAAAUCGGUAACGUUCCAAACGAUGACCAUCCCCAACCACUACAUGUGGCUGUACAAAGACAAAACAAUCCUGUACAUGGUCAAGCUGACGCUGAGGCUGUCAUGUGCGAUGAACUUUCUCAUCUAUCCACAUGAUACGCAGGAGUGUAAGCUGCAGAUGGAGAGUCUAUCGCACACUACGGACGAUAUGAUCUUCCAAUGGGAUCCGGAAGUUCCGCUGGUAGUAGACGAACACAUCGAACUGCCUCAGCUGGCCUUGGUGAAGAACAACACGGCGGACUGUACCCAAGUCUACUCGACCGGUAACUUCACCUGCCUUGAAGUGGUGUUUGUCCUGAAACGACGUCUCGGCUACUACCUGUUUCACACAUACAUUCCAACCUGCUUGAUCGUCAUUAUGUCGUGGGUCUCAUUCUGGAUCAAACCGGAAGCGGCACCGGCCCGCGUAACGCUCGGAGUGACAUCUCUGCUAACCCUUUCGACGCAGCAUGCCAAAUCUCAAGCUUCCCUUCCGCCGGUUUCCUACCUGAAAGCGGUCGACGCGUUCAUGUCCGUCUGCACGGUGUUUGUGUUCAUGGCCCUGAUGGAGUACUGCCUGGUAAACAUCGUUCUCGGAGAUUCGGAACCUCCGUAUCCAGAGCCCAAGCCACACCCUCCAAAGAUGGAUCGUUUCAUCGAUUACACCACCGGGGGAAAAAAUGGAAAACGUGGCAGCAAAUCGCUGGAAAACAGUGAAACCACGACGGUGAACACUUUCCAGAGACAGGAAAGCACCCUACUGUUGUCACCCGUGCCCCACAUCCAAACCAUCCCGCCACCGCCGUGCAAACCGGCUUCGGCCAUACCGAAACUCACGCCAGCUCAGAUACGGCUAAGACGAGCGAUCAAUAUCGAUCGUUUUUCGCGAGUUUUCUUCCCGCUGCUCUUUACGGUUCUGAACACCGCCUACUGGAUCAUGUUCUAUGAAUACAUAUAAAACCGUGGCAUGCAAAUAUACCUAACAAAAAGAAGACAUGUUUUAGCACGAGUAGGCCUAUCGAACUGUUCAUCUAAUCUUAAUCUGAAAGUUUAAUGAAAGCAAAAUAGUGCGUUAUUUUUGAGAAACUAAAAAAAAAACAUACGAAAUUAAAAACAAACUGUAAAUUACUGAAACACCAUGCGCCUCCACGUGACGAUUUCAAAAAGUAUAAACUGAUAGUGAGUAGUGGAAAAUGCAAACAAAAAUGAUAGCCGGCAAAUGGCACAAAAUAAAUGAUUAAAAUAAAUCUUGAUAAGUCAACAAAUUAGGGGGGUGGGAUACUAAAGAGUCUACUUAAAGGUCAUCUGAAAACAUGCUAAUAAACACAAUGACCUUAAGUUGAACUUCCUUAGGCUUAACUAGUAGCCUGGUUAUUCUCUAGUGCAUAAUACGCUACAUAUAAGAAAUCCUAGAUACGUAUAAUGUUAUCUACAGCUGACGUUAUUUGUUGAAAACUAUGUACACUUAAUCGUACUGCAAUAUUGUAAAAAACA